CUUGUGCGUACGAUCACGUGCUUGCAACGGGACAGCAGCAGAGGCGCGAACCCGGAAGAAGACAGACACCUCUGAUAGCAGCGGAGCUAUCUGCUCCAUGUGUACGCUGUCGCGAGGGUGAAGAGUCCGCGAGAUCAAGCUGAGGAUACGCUGUAGCGUUUUCUGUCUGAAGUCCGCACCUUGGAGUACACACGUUGUUAACGGCAGGGACUGACACGGACAUGGCGACUUCCAGCUCCUGUGUGGUGAUCAGUGAUGAGGAGCAGGGUUAUGACUUGGACCUUUUCUGCAUACCAAAGCAUUAUGCUGCUGACCUGGAGAGGGUCUAUAUCCCACAUGGACUCAUUUUGGACAGGACUGAGAGGCUGGCCAGAGAGAUCAUGAAGGAAAUGGGUGGACACCACAUCGUGGCUCUCUGUGUGCUGAAAGGGGGCUACAAGUUUUUCGCAGACCUGCUCGACUACAUCAAGGCUCUGAACAGGAACAGCGACCGCUCCAUCCCAAUGACGGUCGACUUCAUACGCCUCAAGAGCUACUAUAAUGACCAGUCGACGGGUGAAAUCAAAGUAAUCGGUGGAGACGACCUGUCUACUCUGACAGGCAAGAAUGUCUUGAUUGUGGAGGAUAUUAUCGACACAGGGAAGACGAUGAAGACGCUAUUGCAGCUCCUCAAACAGUACAAUCCUAAAAUGGUCAAAGUAGCGAGUUUGCUGGUGAAGAGAACACCAAGAAGUGUUGGCUACCGACCGGAUUAUGUAGGGUUUGAGGUCCCUGACAAAUUUGUGGUGGGUUAUGCACUAGACUACAACGAGUACUUUAGAGAUCUAAACCAUAUCUGCGUCAUUAGUGAAACAGGGAAGGAGAAGUACAAAGCAUGAAGAGCACCUCGUAACAGUUUUCAACAUUUGGUUAUUUCAUUUCCAUUUAGCAUUGAUGUUAUAUUUCAUUGCUUUGUAUUGUGUCAUGAGAAUAUAAUCGGCUUGCUCAGGGUCCCUGAGGAUACACCCAACGUGAUAAUCCCGUGUUUGAAUCACCACGCAUGGACACGUAAAGGUUUCAAUUUUUUGCAUUCGAUUGCUUGAGAAAGAAUCACGUCUGGGUUUAAUAGAAUGGAUCCCAGCUUCACCUUGAAUUAGAAUAUUGCUUUUAUGGUCCCCACUUUUAUUCCUUUUUUAUUUUUUAAUUGAGAGCAUUUUAGGGAAAUGCUGCUAGCUUCAAGUGCAGUCGCGUAAUUGUUGUGCUGCCUUAAGAUUUACAACCUCCUCUUUCAUAUUUUGUAUUUUGUGUAAAAUGAUUAUUGUUAUUAUUAUUAAUAUU